AUGUUUCAUGCUUCUCACAAAUUGGAAGGUUUAGGUUAUUCUCUUCAAGACGUUACUUGUAUUGGUCUUACCAAUCAACGUGAAACUAUUGUUACUUGGGAUAAGCUCACUGGUCAACCUCUUUAUCCUGCUAUACUUUGGAGUGAUGCUCGCACUUCUGAAACUGUAAAACAACUCACCAAAAAAGCUGACGGUGAUGUUCAUAUCUUGGAAUCUGUUUGUGGAUUGCCUCUUACUACUUAUUUUACCGCUGUCAAGUUACGUUGGCUCUUGGAUAAUGUUCCUGUUAUUGCUCAAGCUCAAGAACAAGGUCGAUUAUGUUUUGGUACCAUGGAUACAUGGUUGAUCUACAAUCUCACUGGCGGAGCGGAAAAUGGAAUCAUUGUGACGGAUGUUACUAAUGCUAGUCGUACGAUGCUGAUGAAUAUUCACACUCUUGAAUGGAGUGUGGAAGCCUUAAGUUUCUUUGGUUUAGAACAAGUACAACUCCCUAAACUCGUUUCAUCAUCUCAAAUCUAUGGUCAUGUAUAUGAAGGUCCUUUCGCAGGUGUACCUAUAUCUGGAUGUCUUGGUGAUCAACAAUCUGCUCUUGUUGGACAAAAAUGUUUUAAUGCUGGUGAUGCCAAGAAUACUUAUGGUACUGGAUGUUUCAUGUUAUUCAACACUGGUGAUCAACCUGUGGUAUCAAAGAAUGGAUUAUUGUCGACGGUGGCCUAUCAAUUUGGACAAGAUCGACCUGCAUAUGCUCUUGAAGGUUCUGUUGCUGUUGCUGGAAGUUCAAUCAAUUGGUUACGAGACAACCUCAGAGUGAUCCAAAAUACGCAACAGUUAAAUGAAUUGGCCUCACAAGUAGAUGAUUCAGCAGGUACUUAUUUUGUUACUGCAUUUGCUGGAUUAUUUGCACCUUACUGGAACGAUACUGCCCGUGGAACAAUCUGUGGUUUGACCCAAUUUACUCGUUUGGAACAUAUUUGUCGUGCAACACUGGAAUCAGUUUGCUUCCAAAGUAAAGCUAUUUUAGAUGCAAUGAACAAAGAUAGUGGCAAGGCUCUUCGAUCACUCAAAGUAGAUGGUGGUAUGUGCAACUCUGAUCUUUGUAUGCAAAUUCAAGCCAAUUUGUUAGGUAUCUCGGUGGAACGUCCCAUGAUGCGUGAAUCAUCGGCAUUAGGUGCUGCUAUUGCUGCUGGAUUGGCUGUAGGUGUAUGGAAGAAUAUGCAAGAACUUGAAAAUGUCAAUAAUCAAGGCAAAACUGUGUUUGAAUCCUCCAUCUCUGAUGAAAAACGUGAUAUCAUGUAUGCUGGUUGGAUGAAAGCUGUAGAAUCUUCUUAUGGUUGGUCUUCUCCUCAUUCCUGUCAAGUAUCUGUUUAG